AGAUCGUUAUAUUAACAAAAAAUCGAGCAUUAGGGUCAAAAAAACAUCAAAACCAAGUGCAACAACUUUACAACGACAUCAAAAUGGCAUUAGCAACUACUUUAUUUUAUUGGGCUGCGCAACGUGGACUUCCGAAAGGCAUCGUUGUUAAGCUAAUUAAAAAUUUGCCAAAGCUUGCACAAGCUCAAGCGUCGGGAGUAAUAGAUGAUAUAACACUAACAGCACUUUUUGCUUUACUAUACGCAUGUGAUACGAGUGCUUUACUCAAAUAUGAAACACCGACUUCUCCUUCGCAAAAUAUUCCUAUUCUAUCACAAGGAGACUUUCUACAAACUGUGUAUGAAGUUUUGGUUUCUACUAAUCAGGAUGGUCUAAACGGAAUAAUAAAAAUGGCAUUCGGUUUAGCAUUGACUGGGUUUCGACACGCAUCACAGCAGGUACCAAAUUCUGCCUCAAAAAUCAUAGUUUAUGAUGAGCAACUUAUUGAUGCAGCUAUCAACAGCAAAGUUUUUGAUUUCUUAUACUACUUUGUAUUGGACAACAGAAUUUUAUAUAGGCACGAAUUCUUUUACCGUCGUUUUCAUAUGUUAAUUACGGACUUCAUUGAAUUUAUGCAUUCUAAAGUAACCGAAUUACGAGGAAAGGCUGAUGAAACCGCUCGAGCAGUUAUGGGAUUUUUAAAAGAAGGUCUGGAGCCACCCAGCAAUUUAGACCACAGUUUUGAAAUGUUGAUGCUGUGUAUAUCCAAAUUUUAUAAAGAUAAUCGAGCCGAACUCUCGCUGUGCAUAGAAUUUUGGGAACCACUUGAUUCAACGUUCAGUUCAUUGAAAACAACUUCUCGAUCAGUGUCAUUAUUUAAGUUUAUUCGUUUAGCUGGAGAACUGUUACCAUCUACUCUGUUUGUAUCGUAUUUAAAAAUGAUAGCUGGUUUGACAAGUUGUGAAAGGUCUGCGCGUUAUACCUUCAACCUGUUGAGACAAGCUUCAGGAUUAACUGGCAGCACAGCUUUAUCCUGGGAACAUUUUUUUGGAUCUCUGAUUCAAUAUUAUUCAAAUUUGCGACAGGAGCAUUGUAAUAGCGGUGAACCAUCUUAUAAAGUCCACUUAAGCCGUUAUAUCAACCCGCACGAGAUAGAAGCUCUUCAAGCAGUUCUCGAUGUUAUAAAAGCCGUGGCCAACUAUGAUGAGUUAUCAAGAAUAACAAUUUGUGAAAAUCCGAAUUGGGCACCAUUGCAAAUUCUUCUGGGUUUGCUCAGCUGCCCGGUGCCUCUUUUAUUAAAAGGAAACAUCUUGCGAACCUUAUGUGCUUUGGGCAAGUCUAAAGAAACAGCACUAGUCCUUUGGAACAUGAUCGAAGCGUCUCAGAUCAUCCCAACCUUGCCUGUAAUUGAUUCCCAAAAUCUGUGCAAUCUUAAAACCGAGAUAAUGCAAAAUGAAUCCCGAUUGGAAAGUUAUCCUCUAUCCAAAGGAAUAUUGGAUUUAAUAUUUUCUUUAUUAUGUUCAUAUAUGCCUAAAAAUCUUGGCGCAGAUCACCGAAAGCCAGGGAUACAGCCUUACGUAACCUUUGUUGUUGACGAAAUUUUUUUUAAAUUUUACGACCGACAAUAUAAAAAUUCUACAGAAAAAUGGGAAAUAGGAUGGAAAUGCUUGAAGAUAGUAAAUUAUAUAAUUCAAAAAUAUGAGCCAAAAGUUAAUGAUUUUGUAGAACAGGAAGAUGAAAGUCCGCCUUUGGGAUAUUAUAUAAUGCUGCAAUUGCAAAAGAAGUCUCAUUUAUUGAAUCUUAUUCUUUUAAUAAUCGACGACGCAUGUCAGCAUCUUGAUGAAUAUGAACGCUUUAAUGAGAGAGAAGUGCUUGAAGAAUGUUCUCUUCUUAGUCUUACAAUAAUAGAAGAAGGCUUAAUCAAACAGACGGAAUUUUUAAAUUUACAUAUUACCGCAAAUAGCCCAGGUAUACUUUUUGGCCUAAACAAAAUGCUUUUAGAUGUUAAUCCUAGAAGCCAACGGCCGGAUCAUCUCUUAAACAUAACGAAAUUUGUAAUGUACUGUAGCUGGCUACCUAAACACUCGCUUGCUGCUGUCAAUAUACUCAAUAUGGUGUCGAGAAUGCCGAAUAUAUCAAGCCAAAUAUUGGACGUUUUUAUUUCCAACGGACAUAUAUAUGAUGAAAUUCGUCAAGGUUUUGUUGAUUGCUUAGAUAUGGAAACAAAUUCAAUAACAAAUACUACGCGGUGGACGUCAAAUAACUUCCACUCUUCCUAUAAAAUUCACAUUAAAAUCAAAACUGUAAUCAUCGAUUUGCUCAGAAAUUGCAUAUUACAACCAUAUCCAAAUAUCGGGCUAUACCUUCUGGGAUUUGAAUAUGCAAACGACGCUGGGGAAAAACAAAAACUCAAUAUUACCGAUGCAACUAAUCACUGUCUACGAGCGCUCACAGCUUUGUUAGACUUUCAUUUAGAGACAAUGAAAAUUUCUAACGCUUAUGAUGCAGAUCUUGAGCAAAUCAUCAAAAGCUCCUAUUUUCUUUUAUAUUUGUUGUGCUCAAAUACUCGUACGUCAGAAGGAAUGCUGCGGUAUUUACGUUCUUCGAAUGAUUUCGUUUGUCGACACUUAAAAGAACUUCCCUUUAAAAAUAUGCACUAUUCAAAUAUUCUUUACCAGACAAGUUACUUAUUGGAAUGCACCGCAAUUGAGUUAAAACUAGCAAGCUCCUACUGUCAAAUAAGUAGAGUCCAACAAAUCUGCGAAAUAUUAGUGGGAACUGCUACUAAUAAGACUGAAGACCAGAGGUCCAUUAAUUCAACGUUGUUUUUUUCCCAUUCAUCACCACUUUUAAUGGAGCAUUUCAUCAAAUCAAAAGCGGAAAAUAUACCAAACUUUCUGCUUAGUAACAUUUUGGACUGGUUGAUGUUUGAGUCAAGUGAUGUAAAUAAUCCUAAAUGGGAUUUUUUCGAUAUAUCUUUAUCCAAGCAAAUAUUCGAUGAAUGUGAAUCAAGCACCGAUGAAGGGCUUUUAUUAAUUAACUUACCAAAACUACACAAAAUAUUGCAUGAUGAGUUAUGCAACGUGCAAGGCACUGUAGUAAGUGGACAAAGAAAACUUAUAUUGCAAGAAAUUGAAUCCAUAUUAAUGUAUGCACUUAAAAUAAAUGAAAUGAGGAAUAAAAACAGAGGAACAAUAAAAUUAGUGGAUGCCUGGGCCCAGGUCACCGAGAUUUUGUUCAUUCAGGUUUUCGAAAGUACUUUGCCGUAUUCUAUAAAACAGGAACUCCUAUUUGAAAUAUUACAAAAACUUCUCAACAAAGCUGUUUCUAUUCCCUCAGCUUUAGAGGUAACAAUAUUAAUAUCUGAAGCAGUUUUCAUACUAAUUGUCUGCCUGAGGCAAUGUUUUUCACAGAAACCCAACGAUCCAGGUAACAAAGAAAUCAACAAAAUUACUCCUCUACGAGAUGGCGGCUUAUUGCUGUUGGUCAAAAAUAAAGAAGUGGAAAAAAAGUUUAUUGGCACCCAAUCUCUUCCCGGCCUAUGUCAGGUUACAUGUGAACUCCACCCCAAUUUAAAUUGUGUUAAAGGAACGGUAUACGCGCCAUUCCUAAUUCAAGUUCUAGAGGACGAGAUUAUUGAAGAACUCAAGCAAUACAACGUCACUGCCGUCCACAAAUUCACGCGCAUAACUGAAGGAGUCGUCAAGCCAACAGGAGUUGUAUUACUAUCAUUCGACACUUAUUUUUUGCCCGAAAAAAUUGACAUAGCCUGGGAAAUGUGCACUGUGCGACCAUAUUUCCCAAAUCCGAUGCGAUGCAAAUCGUGUCAGAAGCUUGGCCAUACAAUGAAAAUAUGCAAAAACGCACCCGCCUGCGCGACGUGCAACCUACCUCCACACCAACCAGAAAACUGCAUCAGAACGUCAUGUGCAAACUGUUUUGGUGAGCAUGCAGCCUCGUCCAACUCAUGCCCCAAAUAUCAACAGGCUAAAGACAUUCUAAAAAUAAAAACUGAAAAGAAAUGCUCUAUGCGCGAUGCCCUAAAACUACACAAAAUACAAAAUCCAACGACUGUCACUAAUUCCUUUUCAUUCGCCCAAAAAACUAAAAUACAAGACAAUACCACAGCACAAGAAAAUAAAAGUAACACAAAACUUCCAAAUUCCAACAACUCUACAGCAGAAACUCCCAAAACUACGCUAGAUACCGUAAAAGCAACAACUAGUAAAGAGAGCAUACGAAAUUUUUUAAUAGAACUCAACACUCAGCCAACAAAUAAAACUAAUCUGACGACAACAACUACUAAUACAACAAAACAACAUACUCUUGUUACAUUGGAUCAACACAACGACCACGAUAGCAAGAAAACAGCGAAAACAGAAACUGCGCCAAAAGAAGCCGAUCAUCACAUGUAUAUCGACACGUCUACGUCUACAACAAAUAUAACAAAUACCACGAAUAGAGCAACAAGCAGAGGGAGCCCCAGCAUACUGAGACGAACACCAACAACACAUUUUCAAGUAAACAACAUCAACUUCUAA